AACCCAUAAUGUAAUGACGUUCACUCUCACUCUCACUCUCACUCACUGAGUUACUGUGGCACCCACUUUAUAUAAUUUGGUUUCACUUUCUUCUUCCCCUCCCCAUUGUAUAUUCUGCAUUAUUAUUGCUACCAUUAAAAUAAGUUUUUUUUUUUUUUUCCAAAAUCCAAAUUCACCAAGUUGUUGACACUUGAAUGCCAUUAAAGCACAGCCCCCCACACACCCACUUUAUAUAUCUUUAGAUUGGAAUCAACAAGAAAUCAGGCACCCACAUUUUCAAGAUUUGGGGGAAGAAGAUUUGUAGGCCUAAAGCCCAAACACCCACUGUUUCCUCCACCACCACCACCGUCCACCACCGCUAGCUGAAAGGGAAAGAGAGAAAAAGAUAAAAAGGAAAGAAAUUCAAAAGCACAAAAAUGUCUCCUACUGCCAGUAGUAGGGUUCUCUCCUCCCUUCUAUUCAUCCUGCUAUUCAUUACUUCCCAUGGAACCAUAGACUCUCCGGCAAACGUGUCGGCGGCGCCGGAAAAUGAAGGGUGGGUGCCGCUUCUCGAGCCGGGGAAGGCGGAGAAGAUGGCGGUGAUGCUGAAUGACACCCGGAGGAAGCUCGGCAGCUUCCAGAUUUGCGCCCUCUGCACCUGCUGCGGCGGCGGCGGCGGCGGAAAAGGCUACUGCCUCCCAACCCCCUGCUGCUAUGCCAUCAACUGCAACAUCCCAAACAGGCCCUUUGGCUUCUGCUCUUUCACUCCCAAGACCUGUAAUUGCUUUGGAUGCCAUCUCUAGAAGCAGAAAAAAAAGUACUGUAUCUAUCUUCUUUAAUGCUCCCUAUUUGAUUAAGGAAAAAAAAAAAAGGAAAUUAAUUUAGUUACUAGUAAAUCUGAUUGUGUUGAGUGUGUGAAAGGAGUAGGAAUAUCUGUUCUAGAUUAUUUGUUUAUUUCUUGUCUAUAAUUGUUUUGGGGACAGGAGAGGACAGGACAGCUAUUUCCAGUUAAUUUUUUGCUGCUACUUAGUCCUUGUUUUAGUGUUAA